GAGAUAAUCACACUACAAUACUUUCUCAUCCUUAGUUUUACCUGUGACACCCUCGCAAUGACAAGCCGGUGCAGCAAAGGGGACACUUAAGGGGAAUUUACGGAAAUCAUUACAGCUAGGAAAUUAUAUAAAAUAAUUGAGAGUAACUAUUGGGGAUAUUCGUUGGUAUCGACUUGGAGUAACUUUGGAUACUUGGACAGUGACUAUCGGAGAAUAUCUAUCUAUUUAUCAUUUUCGCUUACACAUUGCAUGAAACUGAGAGUGGAAGCACCAUGAGUCGGAAAACUAGACGCUGGAUUUUUCGGGUUUUGCUUUGCCUUGGGAUUGUUUAUUUGAAAAUCGGUGGCUUUUCAUCCGUGGUCGCGCUAGGUGCGAGUAUAAUCUGUAACAAGAUUCCCGGGUUGGCUCCCCGACAGCGGAUAAUCUGCCAGAGUCGCCCCGAUGCCAUUAUUGUCAUCGGAGAGGGAGCCCAAAUGGGGAUCAACGAGUGUCAAUUUCAAUUCAAAAAUGGGCGCUGGAACUGCUCUGCGCUUGGAGAGAGAACGGUCUUCGGAAAAGAGUUGAAAGUGGGCAGUAAAGAGGCUGCGUUCACCUAUGCCAUCAUUGCGGCCGGAGUUGCCCACGCCAUCACUGCAGCCUGUACGCAGGGAAACCUGAGUGACUGCAGCUGUGACACGGAGAAGCAGGGUUUCUACAGUAAAGGCCAGGGCUGGAAGUGGGGAGGCUGUUCAGCAGACAUCAGCUACGGCCUGGGCUUCUCAAAGGUGUUUGUUGAUGCCAGGGAGGUCAAACAGAACGCCAGGUCUCUCAUGAACCUGCAUAACAACGAGGUGGGACGCAAGAUCCUGGAGAAGAACAUGCAUCUGGAAUGCAAGUGUCACGGUGUUUCGGGCUCCUGCACCACUAAAACCUGCUGGACUAAACUUCCCAAGUUUCGCGAGCUCGGCUACAUUCUCAAAGAGAAGUAUGCCCAUGCUGUGCACGUGGAACCGGUCAAAGCCAGCCGCAACAAGCGGCCCAAAUUCCUCAAGAUCAAGAAGCCCUACUCCUACCGGAAGCCCAUGGACACAGACCUUGUGUUCAUUGAGAAGUCCCCUAACUACUGCGAGGCGGACCCGGUGACAGGCAGUAUGGGGACACAGGGCCGGAUGUGUAAUAAGACUGUUACGCAGCAGAUCAGCGGCUGUGACCUGAUGUGCUGUGGACGAGGGUACAACACACACCAGUACUCCCGCGUGUGGCAGUGCAACUGCAAGUUCCUGUGGUGCUGCUACGUCAAAUGCAACACCUGCAGCGAGAGGACAGAGGUGUACACCUGCAAAUGACAGUAUUUAUUGGACUGUCGGAUGUGUGUGUGUGUGGGUGUGGGUGUGGAUGUGUGUGUGUGUGCAUAAUUGAAACUUUUUUAGGUAAUGGAUCAUUGCUGUUUUUGCAGCAGUAGACAUUGAGGAAGUAUAAGCAGAAGAUGGAACAACAGCGAUUUUGUCUGCACACAAUGCUCCUUCUCCCCUCUCAUUGGACAUAUACUGGGAUGCCUGCAACAGAUCACCUUAAAGGGAAACACACUGUGUCCUGGAUGGCAGGAUGGGACAGCCUCAGGACAUGAACUAUAACACACUACGCUAUCUGCCAGCCAGCCUAUGUUUUUGGACUAUGUGUCAAUGCUGAGACUGUUAAAAAGCUAUGGAUGGAUGUGUACUAUUUGUUGACUGUAGAGUGAAUGGAUUCCCCCAACGCUCACCAUAAAUCAAUGCUGGAUAUAAGGCUGUACUCUGCUACUACUGUAGUUCUCUGUACCUUUACACUCUUAGAAAAGGGGUUCUGAAAGGGCUCUUCAGCUGUCCCCAUAGUAUAACCCUUCCAGGUAGAACCCUUUUGGGUUCCAUAUAGAACCCUCUGUGGAAAGGAUUUGACAUGGAACCCAUAAUGGUUCUACCUGGAACCAAAAAUGAUUCUUCAAAGGGUUCUCCUAUGGGGACAGCCAAAGAACCCUUUUAGAUUGUAGAUAGCACCUUUUUCUAAGAUUGUAGCUCAAUAAGACGCGCUAUGCACAAAUGAAAUUAAACAGCCAUUGGGAAUAUUUAACACACUGUAUUUAGAGACAAAUAAAUAAUAUUAAUUUAUUUCAUAAAGAAACUACUGAUUUUAUCCAUUAUGGAGCAACUCUUAAUUGUGUAGAUGGUGGGUUCUUCCCCAAUGAGAGUUUUUGUUAUUGUUUUGUUUGUUAAUGCAAUCCAAAAUAGAAUUUAGAGUCAUACACUGGAAUUAGGACCACCUGGAAUAUUAUGUUGCUCAGAUUGUUCCAGGUUAGGCUGGUAAUAGGCUACUGACAUGAGUUUGUGCUUAAUCUGAAAUCAUACCCUAUUCCUUUUGUAGUGGCUCUGGCCAAAAGUAGUGCACUAUAUGGGGAAUAGGGUGCCAUUUUGGACGGGGACUUAGUCUUCCUUCUGUUUGCUGCUAGUCUGGAGAAUCCCUCACUGUGGUCUAAGGGCAUCAACACUACUGUCUGUGUUGAGUGACAACGCUCACCUCAAGCUGACUAAAUUUAACAAGACAUAUUCAACCAGACACUCUUUUUGGUAAAUAUUGGUAAAGAGAGUAUAUUUUGAAAAAGCCUAUUUUUAUAUACAUGUCUUAUUUAUACUAUAUCUUCUGGCAUAUUUCAAUAUCACACUCUUCCCUCUUUAUGCCUCUGGAAAACCCAUGUGGGAAAAUGUGCCACUGCUGUCACUUCAUUAUUGUACUGUAUACUGUAUUGUUGUACUGUAUACUGUAUUGUUGUACUGUAUACUGUAUUAUUGUACUGUAUACUGUAUUGUUGUACUGUAUACUGUAUAUUAUCUGGAGCCAUGUGUUUGUCCCUGUGAAUAUAUGGCUGUGUUCAAACUGCUUUGUUUACUGCAUUUCAUGACUGCUAUGGUUGGAAUACAGGA